AUGGGAGCAGUUCUAGGGCUUUGUUCUGCUGCCCAGCUUGCUUGUUGCUGCGGAAGUGCAGCUUGUAGUCUCUGCUGUUCAGCUUGUCCUUCAUGUCGAAAUUCUACUUCAUCUCGAAUUAUGUAUGCAUUAAUGCUACUUAUUGGUACUAUUGUUGGAUGUAUCUUUCUUGCUCCAGGCUUACAAGAUGCUCUUAAAAAGGUUCCAUUUUGUCAAAAGGAUGGAGUUAGUAGUUUGAUAACAUCUUUUGACUGUUCCAAUGCAGUGGGUUACUUAGCUGUUUACCGUCUUUGCUUGGCUUUGUCCAUGUUCUUCUUCCUAAUGGCCAUUAUUAUGAUUGGAGUGAAAUCUUCUAAAGAUCAUAGAGCUGGAAUACAAAAUGGGUUUUGGGGUAUUAAAUAUCUCCUGGUGAUUGGUGGAACUAUUGGUGCAUUCUUCAUACCAGAAGGAUAUUUUGCUACAACUUGGAUGUAUUUCGGGAUGGUUGGCGGUUUUGCAUUUAUAGUGAUCCAGCUCAUUCUGAUAAUUGAUUUUGCUCAUACAUGGGCUGAAGCAUGGGUUACAAAUUAUGAAGAAACUGAAUCCAGGAAAUGGUAUGCUGCUUUGAUGCUUACAAUGUUGAUUAAUUAUGCCUUGGCUAUCACUGGUAUUGUUCUUCUAUAUGUGUUCUUCACAAAGUCUGAUGAUUGCUCUUUGAACAAGUUCUUUAUUUCUAUCAACUUGAUUCUCUGUGUACUUGCUAGUACUUUGUCAAUAUUGCCAUCCGUUCAGGAUGCACAGCCAAGAUCUGGAUUGCUUCAGUCUUCAAUUGUUACACUUUAUGCAAUUUAUCUUACAUGGUCUGCUUUAGCAAAUAGUCCAGAUGACAAUUGCAACCCAGGACUUCUACUUAUGGGUAAAAAUAAAGUAAAUUUUGAUACCGAAAGUAUCGUAGGACUUUUGAUUUGGAUGGGUUGUGUUUUAUAUUCAUCUCUAAGAACUGCUUCAAAGUCAUCUAAAAUAACUAUGUCAGAACAUGUACUUGUCAAGGACACAGGAGCAGCUCGAUCUUCCUCGACAAAUCUCAUUUCUAAUGAAGAGAAUGAUGGUGGAGAAACUGGAGAAUCCGGUGGUGAUGGUAAGGUUUGGGAUAAUGAAGCUGACGGUGUUGCUUAUUCUUGGUCUUUCUUCCAUGUGAUGUUUGCUUUUGCAACACUUUAUGUGAUGAUGACAUUGACCAAUUGGUAUAUGCCAAAUUCUUCAUUAGAAACAUUGAAUUCAAACAGUGCUUCAAUGUGGGUGAAAAUGUGUUCUACUUGGGUAUGCCUUGGACUCUACAUGUGGACACUCGUAGCUCCUAUUGCCUUACCAGAUAGGCAAUUUAAUUAA